CUUUUUCCUCUUCCUCUCUAUUCAGGCCUCUUUUCUCUCGGAGCUCCAAAAUGUCUCCUUUUAGACCCAAGAGAGUCCUAUUCAUCACCGACGUUGAGCCUGGCGAGCUCAACGUCUUCCUCGCUACCGCCCAGUCUCUCCGCGAUGCAGACAUCACUGUUGAAAUCCAUCUUGCUACUCCUCCUGGUUUCCAAGAUGAUGUUCCUGCAGGAGCCACCUAUCACCAGAUCAACGGUUUGCCCUUGAUGCAGGCAGUUGAAGACCACUUCACUCGCAAGCAGAACGGCCCUACCUUUCCCCUCUCUUUCAUCCAGCCUCCUGGCUUUAAAAACACUCGCAAAGCCAUUAAAGACGCUGCCGCGGUCCAUAUGCCGUAUACGGGACGUCAGAUGGUCGACCUCUUUGCCUCUAUUGUCAAUAUUGUUAGAGAGGUUAAGCCCACUAUAGUCGUGGUCAACGGCUAUAUGGCGGCAGGUUUGACGGCCUGCUUUCAUUUGAACGUCAAGUUCAUUUGCCUCAGCCCUAAAUCCAUCAAGGAGUUUGCAGCGUCGGACCAGCCUCGAGGUGCGAGCCUUUGGAAGUUCCCAGCGCUCUUCUCUGGAUUCUCCUAUCCUGUCCCUUGGCAUAAAGUCCUCUUGAACGCAUACUAUGUCAGGUUCACCGCAAAGGCAUUCAAGAAGGAUCCCCAGAGAAAGGAUGUGCAGUCAUACCUCACUGCUCACGCUGUUCUCCGAACCCCUAUGGAUCUCAUACGACGUCGCCCGGAGAACGUCAAGAUCCUAGUAGCUUCCCUUCCGCAGCUUGAUUUCCCGCUCAAGGUCCCUGCUCAUGUUGUUUGCUGUGGCCCCAUCAUUCGCCAGCCCGUCUCUGUUUGGGUCUCCGAGCCUGACUUGGCUGGAUGGCUUGCAGAGGGACGAACCAUCUAUGUGAACAUGGGAUCUCUUGUCAAAAUGACCGAGGACCAGGCAGUUGAGCUAGCAAAAGCCCUCAAGAUUGUCAUUAACGAGCUUGAUAAGCAGGUCGAAAAGGGUCGCCUCCAAGUCCUCUGGAAGCUCAGAAAGUAUGGCGCAUACUCUGUGUUCCUACCCGGAUGCAGAAUCGAGCAAGUCCUCUGCCAAGCAUUCCAACAGGACCGAAUUCGCGUCAAGGAUUGGGUCCAAGCUGACCCCCUUGCGGUACUUCGAAGCGGCUCUGUCGUCUGCUCUAUCCAUCAUGGUGGAGCGAACUCUUACAAUGAGGCUGUUGUUGCCGGUGUCCCUCAAGUCAUUAUCCCCGCGUGGACCGAUUGCUACGAUUACGCUCAGCGUGUUGAAUAUCUCGGCAUCGGUAAAUGGGGUACUCGUAACACGAAGAAUGGCUGGUCGGCACAAGAGCUCUCUACCAAGAUCCUCGCGGUGCUUGUGGGACAGAGUUCGAUUGCAGUCAAGAAGAGGUGCAAUGUGUUGAAGCAGAUUUGCGAAUUCAGUGGCAGCGGCGCAGAUUGUGCGGCCCUGACUAUCCUCCGAGAGUGCGAGCAAUGACUAUUCGGAUUGAUUCUAUUAUUUUUUUUGGAAGGGUACUUUGAUGAAAACGUUGCUACAGGCUGAAGGAAAUGAGGCAGAUGUAGAGGGAGUGAUAUUUCAAAGUACACCUUGGUCAGAUUUCAAACAACUGCGAAGCAAUAUGAGGCGAUAUCGUGCGAUGCUAAUGGAAUGGAAAUAAGAAUUAAAAGGAAAUUGAGAUUGAAAUUGAGAUUAGUAGUAAAUAAAACUAUCAUCGCC